ACGGCGGCCGCCGCCGCCUUCCCACCUCCUCAGUCUAAAACCGCUUCACGUAUGGGUUUGUUCUCUAUGCCCGGCGGCGACACACGCCAACCUUCAUAUGGAGACCGUCUCAUGGAGUCACAGCAGCUGCCUCAAGACUACCGUGCCAAUGUGCCGCGUUCUGGUGACACGAUGGGAUUAAGGUCCAGGAUAGCUGGUGGCGAGAAUCCCUCCUACUUCGGGACCCCAUCACACAUCUUUGACGAACACAAGCAAUCUCUGGUGAAAGGGAAGAGAGAUUUUGUCUAUGUCUUGCUCAAGAGAAACAAGACCUUUGUGACCGUGACAGACGUUCGGGGGAACAGAAAGACCGGGGCAUCCGCUGGUUGUUUGGAGGACAAGAAAGGGCGCUCUCGUCUCUCCAAAUAUGCUACUGAAGCAACCGCAGAACAUGUCGGGCGAGCCGCGAGGAAGAUGGGUUUGAAAUCCGUGGUGAUGAAAGUGAAAGGAACUGUGUUCUUCAAUAAGAAGAAGAAAGUGAUCCUGAGCUUCAGAGAAGGCUUUCGGGGUGAAAGAGUAAGGGAGCAAUCUCCUGUGGUGUUUAUCCACGAUGUGACCCAGCUUCCACACAACGGAUGCCGCCUCCCGAAACAACGCCUGGUUUAG